AUGACACUUUGUCAACUCCAAAGCAGAUACUUCAUUUUUCAUGCUUCGGCAUCCUCGGUAUGUGAUUAUGUGGUCAUUUAUGUGGACGAUAUUGUCAUUACAGGGAAUGACAGUGAAGAACUUCAAAAGUUUAUUCUCAAAUUGAAUCAAGUGUUCUCACUAAAGGAUCUCGGUCCCCUGAAUUUUUUCUUGGGAAUAGAAGUGUGCAGGGAUGCUACAGGACUUUAUUUGUCACAAAGUAAGUAUAUCUCAAAGCUGUUACAGAGGACGAUUAUGAUGUAUGUAAAACCAUGUCCAGCACCAAUGGUGGCAGGCAUACCACUGUCUAUUCAUGAUGGAGAGACUCUGAAUACACCAACCACAUACAGGAGCAUAAUCGGUGCUUUGCAAUAUCUAAGUCACACCAGGCCCGAUAUCUCUUUUGCAGUGAAUAAGCUAAGCCAGUUUUUGAAGAGCCCUACAACAAAGCACUGGAAUGCAGCAAAGAGGAUAUUGAGGUACUUGAAAGGCACCAUGUAUCAUGGUCUGCACAUUGCACCAUCUAACAGGCUGGUUUUAACUGGUUUUUCAGAUGCGGAUUGGGGGUGUUGUCCAGAUGACAGGAAGUCCAUUGCAGGGUACUGUGUAUUUUUAGGAGAAUCAUUAAUUUCUUGGUCAUCCCAGAAGCAGUCCGUAGUGGCAAGAUCGAGCACAGAGUCUGAAUAUAGAGCUUUGGCUCAACUGGCAGCUGAACUUUCAUGGUUACUUGAGCUACUCAAAGAGAUGCACAUUCAGAUUCCAACAACUCCGAUUAUAUGGUGUGACAACAUAAGCGCAAGUGCCUUGGCUGCAAAUCCAGUGUAUCAUGCAAGAACAAAGCACAUUGAACUUGAUGUGCAUUUUGUCAGGGAUAAGGUGUUGCAGAAACAACUAGACAUAAGAUACAUACCGUCUCAUGAUCAAAUAGCAGGCUGUCUAACUAAGGGACUUUCACCAUCUAGAUUUCAGUUUUUGGUGGACAAACUACAAGUGAUGGAAUCCCCUUGCAGUUUGAGGGGUGGUGUUAAAUGA